AUGUCGUAUCCGCCAAGUGCGCGGGAUACUCCUACAAAAAGUAGAAAUCGGACCUCGAGCAUGAGUACUGAUCGGUGCGCAAUAUUAUUUCGAGAGGCUAAUAAGUCUGUGGAUUCUCCUUUACCAUUUAGCGUGGAAUCCAUAACCAAUGUUAAUGAUGCUUACCGCAUAUUCUUAAAGCAUCAUACCUCAUAUGACCUGAUACCACUCAGUGCAAAGCUGAUCGUUUUUGAUAUUUCACUUAACGUCAAAAAGGGGUUUUUUGCUCUCGUAUAUAAUGGCGUUAGGGUAGCAAUACUCUGGGACUCUGACUGUCAAGAAUAUGUGGGUCUUCUGACAAUUACGGACUUUAUUCGAAUUCUGCACAAGUAUUACAAAUCGCCCGAAAUCCCGAUAGUUGAGUUGGAAGAACAUCAAAUCAAAACCUGGAGGGAGCAAAUGCGUGAUUGCGCACCUCCUCUUAUCUAUAUCACGCCUGAGCGGACUCUUCUGGCCGCUGUUAAAAUGCUGUUGGAGCACAAAGUCCACCGUCUCCCCAUUUUGGAUCCACAAACCGGUAACCCGCUUCACAUCCUCACUCACAAACGCCUUCUUAAGUACUUGCAUUUCAAUAUGCCCAAGCUUCCAAUGCCAACUUUCAUGAUGGAACAGCUGCAGAAUUUACCUAUCGGGACGAUGCAAAAUGUGGUUUGUGUGGGAACAGAUUGGCCACUUCAUCGUGUGCUCACGGUGUUCGUCGAAAAUCGGGUUUCGGCUCUUCCUGUCAUUGAUGAAAAUGGACGCCUUGUCGAUAUAUACGCCAAGUUUGAUGUUAUUAACCUCGCUGCCACUCGAAGCUACGACAAUCUCGAAAUCACUGUAUUUGAUGCCCUACAGUACCGGCGCGAGCAGAAAUUUUCAGGUGUGGCCACUUGCAAGCUAUCCAAUACUUUGAAGGAAAUAAUUGACACCAUCGUCGACGCUGGAGUGCACCGAUUAGUCGUAAUAGAUGAGACCCAUUGUGUUCUGGGAAUCGUCUCGCUUUCCGACAUUCUGCGCUUCCUAAUCCAAGAGCACCCAAUGGCAUGA